UGUAUUAACACCUGUUUGAAUUUGUAACGUAUUUUUAAGAUCGUGUUUUUUGUUGUAAGAUUAUAACAUCACCAUGUCUUCAUCAUCUCAGGCACCUUCUCUAUUCUCGGCGGAUUUUAUUCAAAACUUAAACAACAUCACAAAUAAAAAAGUUUCCAAGUUAAACAAGGUUAUAAACGAGAUGGGGAUGGAUGUGGAAACUCAAGAAAAAUGGGUCUGCAAGAUUAAGGAAGAGUUGAACCAAUUGUAUGAUAUGAUAAUGGAAAAUGCUGUAGCUCAUAAAGAGAAGAUCUUGAUUGAUAUUGAGGAAUUAUUAAAGGAAUCAGAAAGGUUGUGCAAAUUGUUGCAAACGAAAAUGCCUCAACAUGGUUCCCAGGAUUUAUCAUUUUUUGAGGAACGUAGGCUACUCAAGAAGCAUGUUGAACAACUUCAAGGUGCUGUAAGAGCAAGGGAAAAACAAUUAGAAAUCCUAAAAAUUAGGCAGCUAGAAUUGUGCAAAAACUUGGGUAGAGAGCCAAAAUCAAUAAAAAAAGUACCUUUACCCAACAACUCAGAACUUGAAGACUUCGAGAAUCAUAUAAAAGCAUUAGAAUUAGAAGUAUUUAAGCGCGAAGAACAUUACAUGCAUAUAAAGUUCAAGAUUAUGGAGUUGGCUGCAGACCUUGAAAUUAAACCAUCUUUGGAUCUUGAAAAUGUUUUAUUCUCCGACAAUUCCAUUUUUCAAGUAACAGACAAAAAUAUGAAAUGGCUUGAUGAUUAUUAUGGAUCAUUGCAAGUACAAUACAACAACAUGAAGAAGGAAAUUAAAAUUUUAAGGGAAGUUGUAGGCAGAUUAUGGAUCAUGUUGUCAGAAGAUGUUGAAAAAACCACUCAAUUUAUGCAAAGGCAUCUUAGGUGCACAUUCACUACCUUCACCGCGUGGAAAAACGAGCUAAUUCGCUGCAAUACGCUCAAAAAGGAAAACAUGCAAAAAAUUGUUGAAAAUUUACGAAAUGAAUUGAGCACCCUCUGGGAGAAAUGUCAUAAGACGAACUCCGAACGCGAAGAAUUCACUUAUUAUCGCACUAAAACAUACACCGAAGAAUUAAUUUCAUACCACACCAUCGAAAUUGAUAAAUUAAAAAAUUAUUACCAAAAUAACCACGAAACAUUUACUUUAUUAGAAAAAUGGCAAGAAUCUUGGAAUAAUCUCACUCAAUUAGAAGAAAAGGCCUCAGCCCCCAACCGCUUCAAAAAUAGAGGUGGUACUUUGUUGCAAGAAGAGAAAGAACGAAACGCGCUACAAAAGCGAAUACCCAAGUACGAAGAAAGAUUACUGGAAUUAUCUAAUAAUUACAAAGAAAGAAUGGGAAAAGAUUUUUUAUCAUGGGGCGAGCGAAUCGACAACUUAAUCAAAAAAGCUCACGAAAAUUAUAAAGUCGAAAAAGAAACCAAACUUAGCGCAAGAAAACAACAACGUGCGACCCCUACAACACCCACCAUCACGAGAAGUAAGGACACGAUUUCUACCCCUAAAUCGUCGUCGAAAAGACCACCAAAAACAACACUUUUCACCAGUAACAAAAAAUGUAAAGUAUCUCCUUGCAAGCAGCUUCCUGCUAUUCAACUAAAUGAUCAAACCAUUAACUUAGAUCAUCACUUGAACGAAAAAAACGUCUUCGUAAAAUUAGAUCGAUUGCUGUUAGCGCAGCCAAAAGGGAGAAAAGGAAAUUGGAUUUGAAUGAUGUGGAUUAUAAAUUUGCAGAAAAAUUGUAAAGAAACCAUCGUGAUGUAUCAUCCGACAGCGCUUGAUCCUUCUCAUCUUGCAAUAUUUUUUGUUUUUGUGUUCGAGUUUUUAAAAAUUAUUUGAUUUAAUAUUUCAU